GUAAACUUUGCUUCAUCAACACUUCCAAGAACUCGACUCCACCAGUAGAUGGUUAUUUCUUCUAGUUUUUCUUCUAGCUUACUAAAAAAAAAAUGAAUUCCAAGAAAAAGAAGAUGAUCCAGCCACGACCGGUGCCACCCGACCUCGAAAGCAUCCGAAAAGAUCUUGAAAAUGCACCUCGGGAUGACGUGGCGUUCACGUUUUUCAAUGUCGCUUCCAACGAUGCGGAUUCACCCUCGACGGAGUCUGAACGAGUUGUUGCAGAUUUAGACAAGAACAGUGACGCCUUAAAAACCUCAAUCCAUUCAGCAGCUGCAGAGUCGUCAUCCUCAUCUUCUGCAACCUCUUCCUCUUCGAAGAAACACAGCGCCGACCUUGACAAAUGCUACAGCCAGACGCUCAAGUUCAUCGAGAUGAACCACUAUUUAAAAGACUCUCAGGAACGAUUAGCGGAUCAAUGUAAUGAACUGCAAGAACUUGGGAAGUCGGUGGCAGAACAAGUGGAUAUGCUGAGAGUGCAGUUAAGCUGAUGGUCCUUCGAGGCCUCCAU